UCCAGAAUCAUUGAACAAAAACAUAAAUACAGAAAAUCAUUCAAAUAUGUUACUUGAAAAGGCUUUUAUAGAACAACAAAUUAAUUUAAUUGAAUAUACUGAAUUUUCCAAGAUAGAUAAAAUUAAUGAAAGCAAUUCAUACAAAUAUCAGUGGAAAAAAUUAACGGUAGUUCUCAAAGCUUUAGAGAUUGAAACGAAAUUUGAUCAAAAGACCAUCCAAGAUUUUGUAAAAGAG